AUGGGUGAUCAACAGAAUAUAUCACAGAUACUGGCAGCUUUAGCUGCUGUUCGGCCUGCUGUUGGCGCGCAAUAUACUACUGGAGCCGCACCAUCGAGUGCCGCUCCGCCGUCUACGAAUGCUGGAGGUUAUGCCUUACCACAGCCAGAUAGCACUGGCAGCUUGAACAUUGGCGGCGCAGCGCCUGUCAAUACUAGUUCAGUUAGUAUAGCAGAUGCGAUUGCAAAGGCGCGAGGAAUCGCUGCAGAGAAGGGAAUUACAUAUAAACCUACUCAGGCACAGACUCGAGACACUGGCCGGUCUCACCGACGCUCGCGAUCACCCUCAAGAACUCCUCCACGCACCUCCACCGCUCGAGAUGUGUUUAGAGAUGGGUACAAUCCCUACAGAGACGAACGUCGUGGUGCAGAUAGACGUGGCACUGGUGACCGUGGAUAUGCACGAGAAAGGUCUUCCUCACCCAGACCGGACGCAUACUCCCCUUCAUCGAACAGACAUUACAGAAAGGCUGGCGAUAGAUCUCCUCCCCCACGUAACCGAGGAUCUGGGCCAGAAGAUAACUCUGAGACUAUCGAGAUAGACAACAAAUACGUAGGGCUGAUAAUCGGGCGCCAGGGAGAGAAUCUUCGGCGAAUUGAAAAUGAAACGGGUGCUCGCGUCCAGUUCCUUGACAGUGCCGAACAUAACAAGACUAUCCGGCUUUACAGAUUAACCGGUUCCAAAUUAGUUAGAGACAAGGCCAAGGCAGAGAUAGACCGUGUCGUCAGUGAAGGAAACCAGUCUCGUGGUGAUGGUCGGCCAUCCGAUCGGUCCGGUCAAGACGGUGGAAGGUCUGGGGACGGGGAUGGCUCUGAUUCUAUGAAGAUCAUGGUUCCUGAUCGAACAGUUGGGCUUGUAAUUGGCCGUUCGGGGGAGACUGUCAGAGACCUCGCAGAACGAAGUGGCUGUCGGAUUAAUAUUGCUCGCGAUGGAGAGAGCAUUAACGGUCUACGGCCAGUUACCUUGACGGGAUCCCAGCAGGCUAUGCAGCGUGCCAAAGAACUCAUAGUAGGUAUCGUGGAAAGCGACAAUAGACCAGGGAACCAGGGACAACGAGAGCCAAGAGGGCAAGCCAUGAGCGCCGAUAAUGGAGGUGGAGGCGGUGAUAAGUUGAAUGACAAAAUAUUCAUCCCAAAGGAGGCUGUUGGCAUGGUCAUUGGCAAGGGAGGAGAAACCAUAAGGGAACUGCAGAGUUUCAGUGGCUGUAAAAUCAACAUAUUGCCACUUGUUGGUCGGGAGCCCGAGAGAGAGGUUACCUUCUAUGGCUCCCAGACUGCAAUUGAUGCUGCAAAGAGGGCUGUAAUGGCCAAGGUCGAAGCCGCGCUGAAGAACCGCUCGCAAGGCGCAAGGCGUGAUGAUUCAUACAGCCAACAGCCCCAAUAUCAACAACAGCAAUCAUACUCUCAAGAUUCCAACUCACAGCAGCACCAACAACAACAACAUCAGCAGCAGCAGCAGCAGCAGGCAAUGCAAGCCGGUGUUGGUGAUGGAACAGACCCAUAUGCCAUGUACGGUGGCUACGAAAACUACAUGGCCAUGUGGUACGCUGCUAUGGCUCAGCAGCAGCAGCAGCAACAGCAACAACAGCAGCAGCAGCAGUAUCCGCAGUACCCAGGCGGAGGAGGACCACCUCCAUCAGGAUCAGACCAGCCAGGGCCUCCCGGAGUAUCGUAA